AUGGAAGAACAUACGGCCGAGACCCGGGCUGUGCAGCAGCAGUGGCUGCGGUUCCUCGAAAACGACGCCGGCCUCUGGGAGCCAGGCUCCGCCGACACCAUUAACGUCCUCUACAUCCUCAUCAACCUCAUCGAAGCCGGGCCAGCCACCCUCGAGUCUCCCGCCGCAUUCAACAACAGAAUACACGACUGUCACCGUCUUUACCAGAACCAGCAAGAUGUCGUGGGCAGGCUUCAAGAAGAACGUGAACCGCGCUACGACGCAGGUGAUGAUGAAAACCGGUAA